ACCACCGCACCUUUACAUCGACAUCAGACCAAGUCGUGACGUCACAGGGUGGCCCCGAGGCCAUAUAAAGGCUGCAUCGCGACUCCAACCUCGUCAGUGCACCUCGCAGUGUCAGCUAGCAUGGGCUCCCUUAACCAACUCGCUGCUUUCCUUCUCCUAAUUUCAGUCGCGCACUCAGUGAAGCUGCGGCAGGAAUGCGACAUCGGACUGCAGGUGGGAUGCCCGAGCGAGACCGACGGGCGGCCGUGGGUGUCUUGCUCACGGGUCGCCUGCUCGGUCACCACCAAUAAGACCUGGUUUAUUGGAAUUCUGUACAAGCGCGUGGACUGCUUGGAAGAAGACGGUAAAAUGGUGAAGGUUGAAUACCAGAGGCAAGGGAGACUGUCUUGUUCUCUCGUUCCCAUCCAGACAAACCCAGAGCUCCUUCAGGCCUACUUGAGCUCUGCCAACUCGACGUGUGAAUCUUCGGUGCCCACUUCAGGUGCCCCCGCCUCAGGGACUUCAGUUACCCCCGCCUCGGUAACUUCACUUACCCCCGCCUCGGCAACUUCAGGUGUCCCUGCCUCGGCAACUUCAGGUGCCUCCACCUCGGCAACUUCAGGUGCUCUGCCUCAGCAGCUUCAGGUGGCCCCGCCUCAGAGACUUCAGGUGCCUCCGCCUCGGCAACUUCAGGUGCCCCCGCCUCGACCACCGCGUCACUCACCACAACCGCCGCCGCCACGGGACCACCACCAAAAGCGCCUUCGUGUCCCGUCGGCUGGACGCCCUUCGGGUCCUCAUGCUUCCUCGUGAGCGACGAGUCCGGGACCUACGGCGACGGCUGGAAUUUCUGCCGUGAGCGGGGGGGCGUCCUGGCUUCCGUCAGGAGUCAGGAGGAACAGGACUUCGUGGCGGGUCUCCUGCCGGGCUCCGUGUGGAUCGGGCUGAGUGACGGCGUGGCGGAAGGGACCUUCGCGUGGGCGGACGCUUCAACGUCAUCCUACACAAA